AUGGUGAACUUAAGGAAAGCGGUGCACUCGUUCCUUGUGCACCUAAUCGGCCUAUUGGUUUGGCAAUGCGAUAUUUCUGUGAGCCCAGUAGCAGCCAUAGUAACUGACAUUUUUAAUGCCUCCGAUGAUGGACGCGUCGGAGUUCCAGACGGGGUACAAAACUGGCCAGCACUUAUAAUCGUCAUAAUAAUAAUACUGACGAUAGGUGGCAACAUUCUCGUCAUCAUGGCAGUACGCUUUGAAAAGAAAUUGCACAAUGCCACCAAUUACUUCUUAAUGUCCCUAGCCAUUGCUGAUAUGCUAGUGGGACUACUUGUCAUGCCAACUUCUCUGCUGGCAAUCCUUUAUGAUUAUGUCUGGCCACUCCCUAGACCUUUGUGCCCCGUCUGGAUCUCCCUGGAUGUUUUAUUUUCGACAGCGUCCAUCAUGCACCUCUGCGCUAUAUCGCUGGAUCGGUAUGUAGCAAUACGUAAUCCUAUUGAGCAUAGCCGUUUCAAUUCGCGGACUAAGGCCAUCAUGAAGAUUGCUAUCGUUUGGGCAAUUUCUAUAGGUGUGUCAGUACCGAUUCCAGUGCUUGGACUGAGGGAUGAAAGCAAGGUGUUCGCCCGCAAUAUCACCUGUGUGCUGAAUGACCCAAAUUUCAUUGUUAUUGGGUCCUUCGUAGCGUUCUUCAUACCAUUGACGAUUAUGGUGAUCACCUACUUACUGACGAUUUACGUUCUUCAAAGACAAGCUCUGAUGUUACUGCGCGGCCACACCGAGGAACCGCCCAAGAUCAGCCUGGAUUUCUUGGAGUGCUGCAAGAAGAAUGCCACCGAGGAAGACAACGCUGCUAACCCUAAUCAAGACGUGAGACUUCGCCGAAGAAAGAAGAAAGAAAAACGUCCCAGGGGCACCAUGCAAGCUAUUAACAAUGAACGGAAAGCAUCGAAAGUCCUUGGCAUUGUUUUCUUUGUGUUUCUGGUCAUGUGGUGCCCGUUUUUUAUUACUAAUAUUCUGUCGGUUCUUUGUAAGCAGUCCUGUAAUCAACAGCUCAUGGAAAAGCUUCUGAAUGUGUUUGUUUGGAUCGGCUAUGUUUGUUCAGGAAUCAAUCCUCUGGUGUACACUCUUUUCAACAAAGUUUACCGACGGGCUUUCUCCAACUAUCUGCGCUGCAAUUAUAAGCCAGAAAAAAAGCCUCCGGUCAGGCAAAUUCCGCGAGUUGCUGCUACUGCUUUGUCUGGGAGGGAGCUCAAUGUUAACAUUUACCGGCCUACCAACGAACGCGUGAUAAAGAAAGCUGAUGACAAUGAACCAGGGAUAGAGAUGCAAGUUGAGAAUUUGGAGCUCCCGGAAAAUCCCUCCAAUGUGGUUAGUGAAAGGAUCAGUAGUGUGUAA